AUGUCCGAUGCAACGCGAGCCCGGAAAGGGUCCAUCUCUCUUCGCCGGUUUUCUCUGACCGUCGGAAGACAUCAGCCGCUGGAGGCAGAGGCAGACAAGGGGCGCGACGGCGAACAAAACCACACACCUAUUCACCCAAAGAGAGGAGAUAAAAGUGCCAUACUUCACUCCAAGCUGGACACCAGACCGCCGACAAUAGUAGGCAGCAAUGGAAACUACCUCAUUGCCGAGGGUGGAAGGGAGAUUCUUGACGCCAGUGGUGGUGCAGCUGUCGCAUGUAUCGGCCACAACAAUUCCCGCGUCAAUAAUGCCAUAAUGCGUCAGUUGCAAAGCUUCAGCUAUAUCUACGCUCCAUUCUUCACCAGUAAGGCAUCGGAAAAACUGGCGACGUUGUUAUCUGAAUCGACACAAAAUCAACUAUCUAAAGCCUUCAUUGUCAGCUCUGGUACCGAAGCGAUCGAGGCUGCGUUGAAGAUGGCACGUCAGUAUUUCCUUGAACUGCCAAACCCGGAACCUUCCAGGACCCGAUUUAUCGCCCGUCGUCAAAGCUAUCAUGGAAACACGCUUGGGUCGCUUUCAGUGGGAGGACAUGCGGGUCGUAGGGCACCUUAUGCACCAAUACUAACUACGAAUGUUUCCCACGUAUCUCCAUGCUAUGCAUACAGAGGAAAGCGAGCGGAAGAAACAGACGAAGACUAUGUUGCGCGACUGGCACAAGAGUUGGAGGAUGAAUUCCAAGCCGUCGGCCCAACUACCGUGUGCGCGUUUGUCGCAGAAACGGUUUCAGGAACAACAUUGGGCUGCGUUCCCCCAGUGCCGGGAUAUCAUCAGGCAAUGAAGAAAGUCUGUGAUCGCCACGGAGCGUUGUUCAUCCUCGACGAAGUGAUGAGCGGCAUGGGCCGUUGCGGCACGCUCCACGCCUGGGAACAAGAAGGCGUUGUGCCCGAUCUCCAGACAGUUGCCAAGGGGUUGGGAGGUGGCUACGCCCCCAUUGGGGCUUUGCUGGUUAACAAGAGGGUCGUCGAGGCUCUUGAGCAAGGCACUGGCGGGUUCAUCCAUAGUCAGACAUAUCAAGGCCACCCAGUUGCAUGCGCAGCGGCCUAUGAAGUCCAAAAUAUCAUUAAGGAGGAGAAUCUGCUACAGAACGUCCGGAGCUUGGGGGAGUAUCUGGGCAGCCGCCUGAAAGAACAACUUAGCGACCACCAACAUAUCGGUGAUAUCCGUGGUCGUGGCUUCUUCUGGGGUAUCGAAUUUGUGAAGGACAAAGAGUCAAAAGAGCCCUUUGAGGCCGAGCAGAAAAUUGCGCCUCUUAUCCACAAGACCGGACUGUCGGAGUACUCAAUUUCAUUUAUCCCUGGCACCGGAGUUGCCGAUGGAAAGAAUGGCGAUAUUAUACAGAUUGCGCCGCCGUACAAUGCUACCAAGGCGGAUAUCGAUUUGAUCGUUGAACGGACAGCGUUGGUAGUGAAACGGGUACUUGGGUGA